UGCCCGGCGUGCGGGCUCUGUGACUGCUCCUCCGGGGCGGACUGGCGCCUCGGCUGCACGUCGACGCCUCCCGUGCGGGGACUCCGUGGCGUCGCAUUCCCUCGGAGCGGGAGACACACACCUGGAGCUCGGAGCGCAGCUCUCUGGGGCUGGCGGCCGCUACGGCGCUUGCUCCGGUCUCCGGCGCAGUCCGGGUCUCCGCGGCCGCACGGUGCGCCCGGGAGAGUGCGCCGCCCCGGGCGCGGUAGAGCCGAGGCGACAAGGACCGGGCGGAUCCUGCGCCCCCUGCCACGGGCCACAGAGGGCCAGCCGGGCUGCGCGCGGCGGAGUUGCUGCGCUUCUUAGAGCGCCGAAGCCCCAGAAGACCCCUGCCUCCUGCGAGCCAAACAAACUGAGUCCUCCGAUUUCAACAGUGGAACAAACUUUGGCGCUGGGGAGAGGCCAAGGAAGGAGAGGGAAUCUCCCAUAACGACGUUUGAACGGAGCACAUUAUUAGAACGCAGAAAUACUUUUUUGGACAACUAUUUCUCCAAGGACGGUGAAGCCCUCUAGCCCCAUGUGACCGCCUGUGAAGAGCUGCCUUCCUCCGCUGGCCACCCGGCUCCACCAUGGGUCCUGCAGGAAGCACACUGAGCGCUGGGCCCCUGCAGAUGCAGAUGGUUCUCUGGGGAAGUCUGGCUGCCGUGGCCAUGUUCUUCCUCCUCACCUUCCUCAUCCUUCUGUGCUCCAGUUGUGACAGAGAGAAGAAGCCAAAGCAACACAGCGGGGACCAUGAGAAUCUGAUGAACGUGCCUUCUGACAAGGAGAUGUUCAGCCAUUCAGCGACCAGCCUGACAACAGAUGCCCUGGCCAGCAGUGAACAGAACGGGGUGCUCACCAAUGGCGACAUUCUUUCAGAAGACAGCACCUUGACCUGCAUGCAGCAUUAUGAGGAAGUUCAGACCUCGGCCUCCGAUCUUCUGGACUCCCAGGACAGCACAGGAAAGCCCAAGAGUCAUCAGAGCCGGGAGCUGCCAAGGAUCCCCCCAGAGAACGCCGUGGACGCCAUGCUCACAGCCAGGGUGGUGGAGGGGGACUCAGGGCCCGGCAUGGAGGGACCCUACGAGGUGCUCAAGGAUAGCUCCUCCCAGGAGAACAUGGUGGAGGACUGCCUAUAUGAAACUGUGAAGGAGAUCAAGGAGGUGGCAGACAAAGGCCAGGCUGGCAAGUCCAAAUCCACGUCCGCCUUGAAGGAGCUCCAGGGCGCCCCCGCAGAGGGCAAACCUGACUUUGCUGAGUAUGCCUCUGUGGACAGAAACAAGAAGUGCCGCCAGAGCGUCAACGCAGAGAGCAUUCUGGGAGCGUCCAGUGACCCAGAAGAGGAAGCCCCCCCACCUGUCCCGGUUAAACUUCUGGAUGAGAACGCAAACCUUCCAGAGAAGGGAGAGGCAGAGGCAGAAGAGCAAGCUCCGGAGGGGACCAGUGGACACAACAAGAGAUUUAGUUCCUUGUCAUACAAGUCUCGGGAAGAAGACCCGAAUCUUACAGAAGAGGAGAUCUCGGCCAUGUAUUCCUCAGUGAAUAAACUCGGACAGUCAGCACACAAACCCGGACCGGCUCCGAAAGGGCCAGAGUUGACCUGCCAGUCCAUGCAGGGACCCCCUCAGAGGUCAUCCUCUUCCUGUAAUGACCUCUAUGCCACUGUGAAAGACUUCGAGAAAUCUCCCAACAGCCUCUGCACACCUCCCCCAGCAAGGAGCCCCAGUGAGGAACCCGAGCCUGACUAUGAAGCCAUACACAAUCUAAACAGAGAGGAAGAAAAGGUCCCUCUGGAGACCAAUGGCCACCUCGUCCCCAAGGAGAAUGACUACGAGAGUAUUGGGGACUUGCAGCACUGCAGAGAUAUCACCAGGCUUUAGCAACCCAGAAGUCUCAGAGCCUGUGAUCAGGGCUCAUCCAGGACCACUCGGCUGUGGAAUGAUAAGACAUCAAUGUCAUGUUGCUUUAGUUAACCCAAGUCAAGCACAGGGUCACAGCUGUUCCCCAGUUUCUGAAGCAGUAAGGUAUGGACCCACCUGUCAGGGCAGGACCCCAUGCUCACAAGGAACCCCAGGUAGAUGUGACCUCCACAUCCCACAGAGGAAGGCAGGCUGGGAGGGGAAGCUCCACCUGCCAGUGCUGAAAUUCCAUCUGCCUGGGAUACCUGCCGCCCUGUGGAGCCAGGUUUCCUUCCUCGCUCUCCUCUGCCACCAGAGCUAAAUCAUCCUGCCUUCCACCGCUUAUGACCUGGCCACGUCUGUGGUUCAUCCCAAGGAGGGUCUCCCACAGGCUUGGCACCAUCUUCUGCUGGAUGCUAGGAUGGUAAGAACAGGCCGCUGGUCCCACCGGCUUCCCAGAUCUCCCUGUUUGUCCCUGGGCAUCUGGACGGUACAGGCUAUAGAGGUUGGGGGUGGGGUGUCCCUGGAGGCUCUGUGGUCUUUUCUCCUAAUUGUAACAGUGCACUUGCAAUCUUUCCACUGUAUUUGAGGUACUUUAGAUGCUUUUCCUAUUUUUCCUGUUCAAACCUUCCCCCACGGUGUUCGGAAACCUUGUCAGAGUUUCGGAACUCCCAGUGACAACCAUGGUACUUCUGACGUUGUUUAAGCCCAGCGCUCUUCCUUCCAAACAGAGCCUUAAUGUUUAUGUUGGGACCCAGACCGCAUGUGCGGACAGCAGCCAUGGUGUCUAUCCCCAAAGGGCUGCAAACAUGAAUUUGUAUUCCCAGUGAUCUCUGCUGCCCACAUGUGUGACUUUCCUGUCUUCGAUGGUAAUCUAAGAGUAAAGUGUAUACAUUUAUUUUGUUAUAUAAAUUUAUAAGAUGUUUUAUGUUCAUGCCUAAUUUCUAGAAAGUGCCAGAAAACAUAUAUUAACUAUUUUGAUUUUAUGUAUGAUGAUUUAUACUCUCAGUUUGAAAAGGCACCGUAAAGCACACAAGCUAGGUAAUUAUGAGCAGCUUCUAUUCUUUUCUCUAACAAGUGACAUAACAUUGAAGAUUUGUAAGGACUCGGCUUUCCAAAUGGUAUUGGGAGCUCCAGAUCCAGAACACCCAGACCACUGGUGACUCACAUGCAGUAAUGACCAUGUCGAAGUGACAGACACCACUGAGACUGUCAGUGUUAAAAAGAGAGCAAACUCUGGCUUCAGAAGUUUGAACUUGCCGAAGGGCUCAGACUCAUUAACAUCUGACAUCUCUAAGAACCUCGGUGGUGUCCACCCUGCGGUACUUGCCAGUGCAAAUUGCCUGUUAGACUUUUUUUUUCCUUCAUUUAACAAAAAUCAGUGGCUGAAGUAGCUCAGAUUACCAGUUCAGCCUGCUUUCAAUUCAAUCAUCUCUCUACAUCUUCCGAGGCCAACACUGGGAACUGCGUUCACUUUUCAGUCUUAGAGGAGCCUAGCCAAAGUGCAGGCAGGAAGCCUUGGCACUGAUACAGACAGGCCAUUCCUCGCUCCUGCUGUGACUUCUGACUCUAACCGCGUACUAACCAUGCUGUUCUCCCUCCUGUGAGACUCCCAGAGUGUGACUGGGAGGGUGAAGGGCGCAGCUGCGGCCUGUGUUCCCAUCCCCCUGUAUUCAUGAACUGUCCUUGUCGCUGCUGUGUGCCAGGCUUGUGGUGUCAGUCAGCCCAGUCCACCCAUGAAGAUGCCACACAGAUAAGCGGAACCACUGCCGAUCAGACGGUAACAAGCAGAGCACCUCCCCUGCCCCAGGAGCAGCAGAGGGCAAGGAUCUUCCGCAAACACGGACUUCCACCAUUGUAUCAAUGAGUUUGACCCAAGCGUCUUCCGGGUCCCAAGGGUCCCUCUAGUACAUGGUGCUACCCCAUGACACACGGCCCUCCCAGCCUGUGCUGGCCACACUGCCAAUCCUUCACAGGCAUCUUCCAGCUCAGAAGUUUGAUUGUGCUUUAUAAAAAGUCUUACUCAGCAGGGAAGCUGGUGUGGGCGCUGAAGUAUUUAACUCUUUCUUUAAAGACAAAUUGAUUAUAAACAAUCAUGUCAUCUUGAAAUCUUGUCGUCAGAAUGUCCCCCGAGUUUCCAGAUACCGUAUGCAACAUGGUUGUAAAAUCUGCACUGAAAUCGCGCUGCUGGCUUGAGCAGCGUGACUGAGUUGUGGCAGAGAGUACCUCGAGGGACUUCACAAGGGACUGGGCAGAGGAGAGGGCAGGGAGGAGCUUUGCUCGGCUGAGCUCGGUACGUAAUCAGUGUAUUUAUUGCUGUGCUAUCAUUGUUCGACUCGAUUACCCAGGGUUUCUCUGUUUUGUGUUGUGGUGUUGUAACUUUUUACUCCUUUACUUGAUUCAAAAUCUGUGUUCCUGUCUGCGCUGGACAGAGCCUGUGGUUGCUUCAAAGUCUUAGCCUAAAUGUUACAGAGUUUAAGCUGGUGAAAGUAAUAAUCAAAGUGGACCACGCCGUACACAGAGGCAGUCGCCGCUGGCCUCCGCAGUGGGCAUCCGAGCAUACCCAGCCUCUGUGAGUCAUGCCCAAAGAAAAAUAAAUCACAAGGUUUUCCCUUUAAAUCAGAAUUGCAAUUCUGGCUAGAUUAGAAGCAGCUAUUUCUUUUUCUUUAAAUACUUUUAAAAGUCUGAAAGCAUUUUCUGCUGCUUCAUGUACUUUCCAAGUGUAAACUUUGAGAAAAGCUGGCUUUCUUAUAUGAAAUGUUCCAGAAAUUCUAAAAGAAAGUCAUUUCUAUAAAUAUGUUAGCUGCACAUUUUUAAUUUGUCCUUUUCUAAAUCAUGUCAGUAAGUCUGUAAAACUUCUAAAUAAUACAAUGAUCUUUGUGAGAAAAAAGUUUUUGAGUUUUCUACAGUAAAUUCAACGGAAUUGGAUUCUUCUGCAGUAAAUUCUAAUUGAAUAAUUAAUAACAAUAGGCCAUGAACACAGAACUAAAGUCUCCCCCAGCUUGCCAGGGUGCUUUACUUAACUUGAUUUUCACCUGUAUAAUUAGAACACUCCCUGCCUUCACCGGCGAUAAACUAUAUGUAUACACGUGUGUGUGUAUGUACCUAUGUAUGUAUGAUGUGUCGCUGGCUGUGGCACAGCCUUGGUACUAAUUAGGCUGUGUUCUAUUAUAUGUCUGGAAAGUUUAUCCUACUGCUGUGAUAAACUUAUGUCAUAACAACAGAAUUAAAAGAAACCAUUCUCCAUUAGUUUCACUGGGUAAUUAUGGAAUACCUUUCUGAGAUGCUUUUAUUUGGUUUUCCCAAUGAAGACAUUCAGAUUUUAAAUUGUGUUCAUAAUUCUCCCAGUGAAAAACAAUGCUGUCUGAAGAUGCCUUUGUUAUGCUUUGACUCAAUGCAUAUUCAUUCCGAGAAAAGGAAUGUAAACAGGUGUGCUGCUCAGUGUGUGUCAAGGAAGAGAGGAAGCCAGAAGCAGCAACAGAGGAGGCCCGAGCCUGGCUGGCAGGCAGGGCGGCCUCCUAGGUAGCCCAGGCAGUUAUCAUGGGGGGAUCUCAUUUAUUCUGUGUGAAAAGUCAAGCAUUUGCUGCAGGGGCAGCAGGUGAUGGUGGAGCAUGGAUGUAUGAAGCCUGUCUUGUGAUUCCAGACGGAAGCAGGAUUCCGUAGAUGGGCAAAUGACACUAAUCCCAAUGCUCCCUGUGAUCCGGGGUGCCAUCUUCUGAAAGUGUUGGUCUCUGCUCCACCGACAGCUUAGGCUGGCUGCUGGAGUCACAGUCUGUGUUGAGGUUAUUCCCUGGAAACCCUGACAGUAUAAUGUACUGUGCCAAGGGGACAUGGGAAGUGUGAUGUUGGUGUUAGUGAGCAGCUGCUGGGAAAACAGGAUUACAUUAGACAGAAUCAAACGUGGAUUUCUUUACAGCAGCACCCGUGUCUCCUGCCUUGCUGGGGCCUGUCUGUUCCUCCGGGCAUUAUUCCUGACCGGGCGGCAUCAAAGAAGCUGAAAACACACGUACGCAAGAACUUAGAGAAGCUGGCACAGAACCCAGGAAAAUUAGCAUUUUUAUCUGGAAUUAGGUAACAGAAUAUUAAAAACCAUGGUCCAGAAGAGAAAGAACAUCUGUAUGGUUUUUAUCCUAUUUUUGCUCAUUUUCAAGCCUUUUUUAUUUUUAUUUUUUAUAUUUUAUCUUUAAAUAUGUGUAUUUUAUUGUUCUUCAAGUUUUUAUUUACCUGAGAAAUAUUUGUUCAGAUUCUUCGUAUCAGGUGAACAGAACAAGUCUGUUUAAAGGUGAUCCUGCAGAUCAUCCCUUUAAAUUCAUUUAUCCUCGUGCAGACCUUCCCCGUGGGCUGUCAUUAAAUUCAUUUAUCCUCGUGCAGACCUUCCCCGUGGGCUGUCAUUAAAUUCCUCGUGCAGACCUUCUCCAUGGGCUGUCACUUUUAUUCUGUAGGCUUUGUUUUAAGAUCCAGGAGCUGGGCAUGGUAGCUCUGCCUGUAAUCCUGUAACAUGGGAGAGUGGGCAGAAAGAUCUGACUUCAAGGCCAACCUGGGCUAUGUGGAAAGACCCUGUUUCUACAUUAUUCUGGUUCUCUCAGUCAGUUUAUAUGUGCUGUAAAGUUGGUGCCCGCCCCUCCUCAGACUCUGCGCUGAGCUGGCGCAGGAGAAUGCUGCCAUGUUGUCACCAACAGCCUCAUGUUUUCCGGGAGAAUCUGAAAGACAGCCUGAUACAUACACUGUCAUAAGCAAGUCUGUUUCUUGUUUAAAUCCUUUCCCUCCUGAGGGCAGUUGAACGUAGCAUGUCUCUUGGGUUCCCAACAGUUCAAAGGUUCCCCUUACGCAAGAAUAGUAAAGUAACUUAAGACCCAGAUCCAUCAGCAGCUGUCUGCGGAUCUCUGUAACUGUCUGAUCAUCCAGUCCACAGAGGAGUGAAGAGGUUUUCAAAAGUGAAGAUGCUCAAACCUUGGUUUUAUAUGUGCAGAACCAUCCACACUGCCUCAGAAUCUUAUAGGGUCCCUGACUCAGGUGCCUCAAGGAGGCAGAAGCACCAGGGUGUGACGUCGUUCUUCCCGCCUCCCUUUGCUUGCUCCUGCCCGGAUGGCCAUCUGUCCAUUUGUCCAUCUGUCUCAGGGCCUCUUUCCCACCCACGGCCUCUUCCCAGCUGUCUAUGCUGUAUCUCAGGAUGUCCUGUCUCUCCUACCAAGGAUCUCCAGCCAACGUGGAACCACUGACUGUGGCUCUGGAGUGACCACCUCUAAUUCCCUGCCUCUCAGGCCUCCAGGGAAAGGUCACAUAGUGACCUGGAACCAGACAUAGACGACUUUGCACAUUCCUGACACAGCUCCGUGUUUUCUGUGUAAAACCCACUGGUGAACCUGAUGUGACAUUCCCCAUCACUUGGGCCUUUUCCCUCUCUUAAAGUCGGUCUAGAAUAUCGGUUCCCUGCUACUUGACGGAGGGCUGCCACUCCCCAGAGGCCUGUGCGCAACCAUUCCCAGUGUUUAUCUGGUAGAGAUGCUAUAGGGAUAAAGCCUGGAGCUCCAAUCAUUCUGAGUAUUUUUAGUACUUUUUUUUUUAAGUAUCAAAUACACAUUUGACUCUGAAGGGGGACAGAAAAUAAAACCUGAACUAAGUGUUGUGUAGUGUCCAGAUUCUGUUUGUCUCUAAAAAACAUAAGGCCCCACUCCCACCAGCCACUUGGAAUCUCUUAAAGCAGUGGUCUCAACCCUCCUAAUGCUGUGACCCUUUAAUGCACUUCCUCAUGCUGUGGUGCCCCCCCACAAAGUUAUUGUGUUGCUCCUUCAUCACAGCAGCCUUGCUUGUGUCGUGAAUUGUAAUGUAAAUGUCUGCUAUGCCGCGCACAGGAGUCAGCACCCACAGGUUGAGAACCACUGUCUCAAGUGUAAACAGUAAAUGUGUAUAAACGAGGACAGUUAGCUCACAAUGUAAACGUGUUCUUUAGAUAUUUUCUUUGUAACGCAAGAGUAAGCCAAGUUUGUGGGUAAUGUAGUAUGGUCAUUAAAUCUGUAAUCUGUAAACCAGGAGAAGCAGCCUUUUGAGUGUAUUUUUACUAAAGACUGUGACUGUUUCAGCUAGGAAGAUCAGCUCCUGGAAUAAAGAACAUAACUCCUAUAGCCUUUGUGGCAGAAUAUGGCAUCUGUCCGCCAUUGUACCAGGGUGUUUGCUCCUGCCUAUAGUGUUUCAAUAGUUUGUGUGUGGGGAGAGCACAUUUUACAGUUUCUUGGAAAAGUGAAUUUAUGUGCUGAAUUAAAUCCUCCGUUAGUCUAAAGAGAAUUACUGGUUUUGGAGACAAGAGCACAGGGCUGUGGUCCCUGUCCCAUCAUCGACUUUACUAUGUGACCUCAAGCAAUGACUGAACUUCUCUGUGCCUCAGUUUCUCCAUAUUACAAGAUGGGGAUAAUGAUAAUCAACCACUGCCUACCUCAUAGGGAUGUUGAGGACAAAUAGGGUGACAUAGAUAAGUGUGGAUGCUUUGCCCUCCUUGAAGGUGCUACAUAAACUGCGCUUGCGUUGUUUCUACUGAUCCAGCUCAUUGUAUUUAGGGUUAGAUAAUAGCAAUACUUCUUGUCGUGUUUCAAUUUGAGGCACAUUUCUUCUCUUCUAUGGCCAGAUCCCGAGUUUCCAUUUAGUGAUGGUACCUAAGGAACUGACACGGGUGUUUGUUUUCUGUCUGAUGGUAAUAUGUCAAUUCUGAAUAGUCAUAAAGGCUGGACUUUAACUUGUGAUGUUUUCUAGUUUACAUGUAAUGAACCUUAUUCAAGUUGUGUAUUAAAAGUAUAAUUAAUUACUUGUAAAUAACAGGUACGUUGUAAUUAAAGGCACUUAUCAACUUGUCUUUGUUCUUUUUAAAUUGUAAUAAA